UAAUUUCAGCGUGAUCGUCACAUGUUUCCCGCAUUCACUUCAUGAACUUGACAGAGACAAGCUGCAUGUACAAUACCGAUCGUGGUAAUCAUGGCUGUGUAGAGGAAUCCUGCACCCCCCAACAACGUGCAAAAGCAUUGCUUUGCACCAUGGCAACCUUCAAAGAUGUUUUCCCGGCUGCGGCUGAUUUCUACCCUCAAAAAGAUUUCAUUACUAUAGACGACUUGACGAUUCAAGAUGGAGGAUAUUUUAUACGAGUUGGAUUACUCCAGUGGGGAUAUGGGGAGCUUCCCCCUGGACGCUAUGGACACCGCUUCCCUGUUAGAUGAUGCACAGCUGGUAUCCCUGAAGAAGAUCCAGGGAGAUCUGUACAACAUUGAUAAUAUUCAUCAGGAUGUGGACCAUGGACUUUUCCCAGAUUUAUUGCCCCUUGAUCACUACUCUGAUCCGUUGUCACUGGAUUGGAUGGAAAAUGUGGAUUUGUCCCACUUGCUUGACAAAACUACAGAGGUACAAGAUGAGAUAAACCAGGCACAGCAUGCUCUUCCCAUCACUGUUCAACCUGAAGACAUAGACCUGCUGCAGAGUCUCCUGCAAGACACCUCAGAACAGCUGACCCCACCUGAUUCACCUGAUGCGCAGGUGGCACCACAGAUUGACCUUACUGAUGUGAACUUCGACCAUCAGGCAGCGUGGGAAGUUAUCAACUCACCACUGUCUCCCCAAGAUGUGGAGAAUCUGCUGUCCCCAUCUAGCUCUGUAGAAGUAACACCCUGUGCGUCUCCUGUUCCAAGCCAGUCCCCACCUGCGUCAAGUCCCCACUCCCCCACUGGACAUGAUCUCUCCACCAUUGACAUUUCUUCAAUACUCCCAGAACAGAAUGUUAGCACAAAAACCAGACCUACGCCUUAUGAGCGCACAAGUAAACGAAAAGCAGCUGUUAGAAAGCAGCUUGAUCUGCACCAGGACUCUGAUCAUGAUUUCUCUUUUAGAGCAAAUGAAAAGCUUUCUAAACGUGAAAGAAAAAAACUCCAGAACAAGAAUGCUGCAACAAAAUAUAGGUUGAAGAAGAAACAAGAAUCUUCUCUCAUUGUUAGUGAAGAAAAGGGGUUAGAAGAUAGGAAUAAGGAACUCAGGGACAAAGUAGACCAGUUGACACGAGAAAUCUCCUGUAUGAAAGAUGUGCUAGGAGACAUUUAUAAAGGCCUAGAGGCUAAAGGGAGAAAGUGACUGUAAAUGUGAAUUGUGAUCAUGUAAAUAGACUGUAAAUUAUUGUUUAUAGCUUGAUAGUGCAAUGUGGUAGAAUGUGAUUCUGAUUGUGUACAUAUGACAUUUUGAAGAACCCAAUAUAUUAUGAAUCUCU